AUGUCAGAUGCUGUUGAGCAGGGCGAAAAUCCCUCUGCGGAACAGAACAGCGAAGCGGGUGAAGAAGCAUCCACGUCAAUCGCUGCUCCAGCGACCAGCACCACCAGUGGCAACGGUGACACUACCACCCUAGGCCCCGCCGUGGGUUCGAGUACGAUCGAUUGUACCGAGCCGAGCGACAGCGUUAGUGGUAAAGCAAACAUUCCGACUACGACGGCUGCUAGUAGCAGCAGCACUAGCAGCACCUCGGGCACUUUUAGUCGACCGUUGAAGCGUCCAUCAGGCGGAACGCCUGCGUCCAAGAGCAACGGUGUGGUGGCGACCGCUUGUGCCCUGUGCCUCGAAACGAAGAACCCGCUCAAGUACGUGCUGCCGACGCAGAGCGGUAAUAAGGAAUUUUGCUCCGAGGCGUGCAUCGCCGACUACCGGAAGGCGUGCGGCAAGGGUACCUGCGUCCAGUGCGAAAACGUGGUCCGACCGAACGCUCCAAACUCGUCCUUCUGCUCUACCUUUUGUAUGAAAAAGGAAAUGAAAAAAGGUACGGCCGGGUUGGUACCACCACCGCUGGACGUACUGAAAACGACCGCCAACAAUAACAACAGCACCAACCACAACAACAACAACAACAACAGUAACAUCGGCAACAGUAACGGAAGUGCGAAUGGACGCAAAAGCAAUGGAGGAAGCUCGCCGGCCGGGUCUGCGCCCGGCGAUGGGUCUGCCGGUGGUAACGGCAGCGGCGGCGGCGGAUCGGGGGCACGGGUUAGCCCCGUGACCACGACACAAGCCGGAGCGUUCCAGUACGAGAGCUUCCACGUGUUCGAUUGGACGGAGUACCUGCGCGAGUCGGGCAGCGUGCCGGCUCCGGCCGAGUGUUUCAAGCAGGCCGUGGUGCCACCAAAGAACGAGUUUAAGAUCGGCAUGAAGCUGGAGGCUCUGGACCCGCGCAAUGUCACCGCCACGUGUAUUGCGACCGUCGUCGGUGUGCUGGGUUCACGGCUCCGGUUACGCCUCGAUGGCGGGGACAACAAGAACGACUUCUGGCGGCUGGUGGAUUCGAACGAAAUCCAUACGAUCGGCCACUGCGAGGAAUCGGGCGAGAUGCUUAAGCCGCCGCUCGGCUUUCGGCUGAACGCGAGCAGCUGGCCGACGUUUCUGUCGAAAACGCUCAACGGUGCGGUGAUGGCACCGAGCUACAUCUUUGUCCAGGAACCGCCCACCCCGAAGUGCAAUCUGUUCCAGAUCGGUCAAAAGCUGGAGGCGGUGGACAAGAAAAACCCGCAGCUCAUUUGCUGCGCGACGGUGAACGAGGUUCGCGACGAUCAGAUCCACGUCACGUUCGACGGGUGGCGCGGAGCGUUCGAUUACUGGUGCCGGUACGAUUCGCGCGAUAUCUUCCCGGUGGGAUGGUGCGCCAAAAGCUGCCACCCGAUGCAACCGCCGGGCCAGAAGAACAAGCUCGACGGCAGCGGUAAUCGGUCGAAGCAGGGCCGGCACUCGUUCGCGAUGGUCACCGAGCCGGACACGAUGCAACCGGCGGUGCUCGUGACGGCCCACUUUCACAGCCGUUGCCGAGGCGGUCCGUACGUCAACAGCUCGAAGCUCCCGUCGAUGGUGACGGCCCCGAACCACCAGACGCUGGCCAAGCUGUGCCUGCAGGAGGUACUGGCCGCCUCGCGUGACCACUCGCAACUGUCGCCCCUGCUAUUCGGCCUCGACGGGGAAGUGCAUAUCGUCACGGCGGCGGGUAAAAACUUUACCGUCAAAAUACCGACCUACAUCAAGCAGAAGGGUAACGCGGGUGUGUCGGAGUUUCUGGAAGUGCUGUGCACCGCGUGCCAAGCCUGCCCGCGUCUGAUCACACUCGAGCCGGGUCCGGAGCAGUGCGAGGAGUGUAUGCUUGUGUCACCGCCCCUGAAGCGCUCCAUUAAGACGGAACCCCGGGCAACCGCAGCGGCCAGCCCACCGCCAAAUCUUGCCGCCUCCUCACCGAAAGCGUCCGCUACCGGGCGCAGUGCCCCCGGUGGUGGAGACGAAAAGGAACCGGCGGUACCCAAAGAAAGCACAAGCAAGGCCGAUCGACCACCAUCGCCGAAGCGCCGGACCAAGGCGCAGGCCACUGUGCACGAUCCACCGAAGAAGGAGAGUGGCCACAGCACCACGGCAACAUCGUCACAGCCGAACAAAGCCAGCUCCACGGUCACAACGACAACGGCGACGAACGCGAAGACGACGACGACGACGACGGCUCCAAAUGUCACCAAAUCGUCCACCAAACCGGCGAAGAGCAAAACUGACCCGAGUGUUACUUCAACGUCCAGCAGUAAGCCGGCGGUGAGCAGUGGACCAAACAAAGCGACAUCACAACCCGCCGCCAACGCUAGUGACAGUAUCGUAAAGAUGGAAGUUCAAAGUGCAAAUGUGGCCGAGCCCACAACGGCAGCCGUUGCCGUGCCAUCGCCGAUGCCGGCACCGGCGGCAGCGGCAGCCACAGCAGCAGUAGCAGCCGCACCUACAGCUGCAGCUGCUGUCCCCUAUCACCACCAGCCGCCGGUGGCUUCGUUGAUGACCACACCCGCUUCGACGCCGGGUUUACUUCCGCCACCCGCUUGCACGCUCGGUCCAGCCGUCGCUUUAAUCCCUAUGGUAGCGUCCACUUCGGCACCGUAUCCUGUGGCUGCUACCGCCACCGUACCAUCGGCUGCCUAUGCGGGCACCGGUGCCGCUCAGUACCUUGGCGGAGCGGGCAUUCCGCCGCCGCCGGUUGCCUUCGUCCCACAGACCACCACACCGCUGCUGGCGGCGAUGCCACGGGGACAGACGAGCGACUGGACGAUCGAGGACGUGAUACAGUUCAUCGCCGUUCAGGAUCCUGCCCUGGCCGUUCAUGCCGAUCUGUUCCGGAAGCACGAAAUUGACGGCAAGGCGCUGUUGCUGUUGAACAGCGACAUGAUGAUGAAGUACAUGGGCCUCAAGCUGGGCCCGGCGCUCAAGAUCUGUAAUCUCGUAAGCCGAGUAAAAGGACGACGGCACAACAUGUCGUCGCUGUAAGAACGAGAACGAGUCGUUGCUGUCGUUUGUUAUAACACGUGUGCCCGAGUUGCCCUUUUGCUGGCAGUUCGCGCGACUGUGACUCGUUCCCUUGCUUCAGCACCACCCCAGGUAUACAGGCCAUGUGCAGCGCAACGAGAUCUCGAAGUGCGGUGUGUGUAAAAAUUAGUGUACAGGUUUACGGCGAAUUAAUAGGGAGACCCAGAUAGCGGUCAUGUGAAAUGGAAACGAAAUUCCUUUUAGGUACGCUCAGGCUUAUCCAGCGCGUAUCUCUUUUGUUUUCAUCGGAAAAUACUGCCAACGGAGGUAUUUUCAUGUUUACUAAUUUAAGCUUUCACACUGUUUGUCCUCUAAAUACAUCCAAAGAUUCAUCUUUGGCGAUCGGAUGAGUUUUUUUUCGAAAACAAAAACACAAUAAACCGCUUGAAGAGGCAACCGACAGCACCAGUCGCGGAUAUUUGUUUUCGUAUGAUUGUGUGUCUGUGUGGUUGAGCUUUGCUGAGGUUAAUCAUAAGGAUCUCGGAGUGUGCUGUUUUGCGAGUGUGUGUGUCUGUGUGUGUGAGUUUGUCUGUGACAAAAGAACGGUAGUUUUCUCUUCGAACGUUGUUACUUUAGAUGUCUAAGAUCAGUUGCAAUAAUCUACUUCCCCAUUACCGGUUCCCGGAUUUUUUUGUUUCUGUCCCGAAGAAGGAAAAACAUAGAAAUGGAACGAAAUGAGCCCAGCGGGAAACACAUCGGGUCCGCGCGAGGCAGAAGCGUGUCUAGUGGAACCGGUGACACCACCAACCCACGUAACAGGUCACAACAAGUUACAAUACAAUAAAACCACAUCAAAAGCCAUAUAACGACACAUUUGAAAAAGCUCUUGCAUCGCUUAGCAGCAACCACAGUUACAUUAUCAUAAAUAUCAAAAUAGUCUUAAAGGAACAAAACAGGAUAUCGAUGCGCCAUCGCAGUCGCCAUACAGCACAUUUGAAAUAAGUCUUAAAUAGUUUGCACGACUGGGUUCUGUUUGGUCGUUAUGCUACUUUUGGCUAGCUGUAAAUUAUAGAACAAAGCAAGUCUUGAAUAAAUUCGCACGAUCGGAAAGUCACGAAUAUCAAGAUAGAAAGUCAAACAUAGCCUAGCGAGUGAGAAGAAAGGAAGUUAACGGAAUCAAAGUAAAACAUCGACGCAUCAGUGAGAAUCUUUCCAGGAUCGUACCUUAGUACCAUUACUAUCCACACUUAUCAACACGUGCACCAUUUCCUUUAUACUAUGGAGCUAGUGCAAACAGAUGUACAGUACGACGUCUGGCGGACGUCCGAGGUAGGAGAAACAGUAAGAAACUCUACACUAAAAAGUAAACGGGCACGUAAAACAGGCACAGUACAAGCAUGAAGCUUAUAUAUCAUGUUCGCGGAGGGUAAUGAAAAAGGACUAAAUGAUGUGUCUAUGGAGAAGCCUUUGGCCUUUCGCUUUCGUCAAUCACAUCAUGUCGACGAAGUGAACCUUUCAUUCAUCUGUUCGUAACGCUGGUGUCGUGUGUGAUAGAGUGUUUUAGACUAGACAAAAGAAAAACGUAUAUUGCGACAGUAGCAUCCCAGUAGCCGCCCAUCGCUCGCUAUAUGAAAAUCUUCAAACUAGUUGCAAGCAAAAAGUACAACCCUUUACAUCGCGCCACCACACGCUCGUCGCCAAACGGGGCCGUUAUGAUUUCGUCAAAAAUCGCGCCGUUUCGUUUGUCGUUUCUUUACAAAAAUGUGGUCCGUUAGCGACGUAUGAAUUUAUCGCACCGCCACCAGAACGCGCGAUAAACAU